AGCGGAAGUGGGAAUAGUAUGGCGGCCGCCGCGGUUCGGGCCGCUCUCGGGGCCCCAGUGUGGCGCCGGCUCCUUCCCGCAGGCGGCGGCCUCCGCCUCCCCACGACCUCCGGAGCAGUGACAGGCCUGGGGACAACCUCUGGAGCGGCUCCCCUCUGGGCGGCUCUCCGGCGUCACUGUUCCCAGAGCCCGCAGGAAAGGCCAGAACCGACCUCAGCUUCCCCUGCAAAUGUCUCCGGCAGGAUCCUCGCUGAAACGUCGCUGACUUCCCCUCCAUGGACCACAGUCACGCUGCCUGAUCCCAGGGAAGAGACCCAGCAGCACCAAGAGGUUGUCCAGCGGGUGAACGAACUGAUUGCCACCGGACAGUAUGGCCGGCUCUUCGCGGUGGUCCACUUUGCCAGCCGGCAGUGGAAGGUGACCGAUGGGGACCUGAUUCUGAUUGAGAACACGUUGGAGGCCAAAUGUGGAGAAAGGAUUCGAUUGGAGAAGGUCUUGCUGGUCGGUGCCGAAGACUUCACCUUAAUUGGAAAGCCGCUCCUCGGCCUGGAUCUCGUCCGCGUAGAAGCCACAGUUAUUGAAAAAACCGAGUCAUGGCCGAGGAUCUACAUGAAGUUUAAGAAAAGGAAAAAUUACAGAAAAAAGAAAAUUUUUAUAAGACCACAGACUAUCCUUCGGAUAAACACUGUAGAGAUUGCUCCAAGUUUGUCAUGAUUGUUUGGCUGAUAUUUGCCCAAGUAUGAAAAUAAACUCUGGGUUGUUUUUGUGGUGUUUUUUUAAAGAA